CAACGGCCACCGGCUCCGCAACAGCUCCAUGGGGGAAACCAUCAACACCUACGAUGUCGUCAUCAGGCUGAACAACGCCCCGGUCCACGGUUACGAGCAGGACGUGGGCUCCAAGACCACCAUGCGUCUCUUCUACCCGGAGUCGGCCCACUUCAACCCCAGGACGGAGAACAACCCCGACACGUUGCUGGUGCUGGUGCCCUUCAAGCCCAUGGACUUCCAGUGGAUGGAGGCCAUCCUCAACGAAAAAAGGUUCGGAAGGGGUUUUGGAAACAACCCCCGUUGAUCUGGGACGCCAACCCGGAGCGAGUGCGCGUCCUCAACCCUUACUACAUGGAAGUAACUGCUGCUAAACUCCUCAACCUCCCCAUGAAGCAACCACGGAAGGUCAAACAG